CGCGCGCUCUGCCUACGGAGCCGGCCGCGUGAGCGACGCCCUCGAGUUGGCGGCGGGCACGAUGCAGCUCCUGCUGAGGGUGCCCUCGCUUCCGGAGCGGGGCGAGCUGGACUGCAGCAUCUGCUACCGGCCCUUCAACCUCGGGGAUCGCGCGCCCCGCCGCCUGCCGGGGGUGGCGCGCGCCCGCUGCGGCCACACGCUCUGCACCGCUUGCCUGCACGAGCUGGCUGCGCGUGGCGACGGCGGCGGGGCGGCCGCCCGGGUAGUGCGCCUGCGCCGGGUCGUCACGUGCCCCUUCUGUCGCGCGCCCACCCCGCUCCCGCGCGGCGGGGUAACGGAGGUCGCUGUCGAUCCGGACUUGUGGUCGCGCUUGGAGGCAAAAGCGCGAGCCGGGCGCGAACCUAAUGGGAUGGGUGGCCCGGCUCGGGAAGGCGGCGAUGCAGCCCGACAGGCCGAAGACGAGGAAAAGGAGAGCGAGGCGGGGGCGGGGCCUAGGAGCGCGGGGUGGCGCGCGCUCCGGCGGCUCUGGGCCCGGGUGCGCGAGCCCGUGCGCGAGUGGCGGCGCCCGCUGCCCAGCAACGUGCUGUACUGUCCGGAGAUCAAGGACUUGCCCACCUGACCGGCUGCACGCUGUAACCGCGCGACCCUGAAGCUACGGCAGAAGAAAGAUGGGGACUGCAUCCUCGGGGCGCGCUAUAGUACAGGGGGGCUGGUGCCAAGCCUACCCCCAUCACAUCUCGGGUUGGCACGGAUGAGGGAGGUGAGCCAAGGGCAGGAGGGCACGCCCUGGGAGGUGUUGAUACUGCGCUGAGGAGGCUCCUAGACGAAUCGCCCCCAUCUACGGACUGUGUCAGCCUUGCAUAUUCAGGAUGGAGUGGCCCAGGGAUGAUAGAAACAGUCUACGUUCCCGUGGGAAGACAGACUGUUUCCCUGCCUGUGACUUUGGCUUUUGUCCAGGGCAGCUCUGGUGUGUGGGGGCAACAGGUCCCAUUUUAGCAAUUCUGUGUCAGUGACUUGAAAGUUUAAAGAAUAUGGAAUGGGAGAGAAGAGGCUGAUUUCCUUGUUAGGUUAAUCUCACUUCUCCAGCACCUAAGAGAACUGAGAAAAGUAAACCCUACCCCCUCCGCUGGUAAUGCCUACUGUUUCCCCAUGCCCGGUACUGCGUUCCUAGAAUUAUCAAGACGUAUACCUACCUAAGAGGGUAGAAGCCUCGCUUCAUUUCAGAAUCUCCCUUCAGCCUGUUAGGUCCAAAGAGCAUUUAUCGAGUCACCUCAUUAGGGCCUAUCAAGGCUAGGAGGGAGAGCCAUUUGGCAACAGCACUGAAUUGUGAACUUUUGAUAUGACGUUAUUUUCACAGCCACAAGGAACUAUUACUGUCACUACUGAAAAAAGAUGCGCAUCAUACAAUUUCAAACUCACGUCCCAUAAUUGGACAUUGCCUAUUUUAGGGCAUGGUUUCUAUUUAAAAAUCCUGUUAAUAUCGUAGGAUAAUGUGGUUAUAGUCAAGGAGCAGCAGCGGCGUCAGCAUUACUGGGAACUUGUUGGAAGUACAGACUCUCAGGCUUUCACCUGAGACUUACAGAAUCAGACUGCAUUUUAACAAGAAUCCCAGGUGCUCCAUUUAAAUAAAAAUUGAAGCAGCAUUGGUCCAGGUCCUCGACUCUCUAGGAUAUCACCAUCUGUGGGUGGAAUAUUUAAAACACAGUUGGUAUAAAUGAGAUCCUGUUUUAUUGAAGGUUCUAACGUGACAUUGUUAUUGAAGAAAUUUAAACUGUGUGGAUAGUUUACUGUGUUGUAUUUUCCUGAGUUAAAAAUGUGAACCUAUUAAGAAUAAACCUCAAUUUUUCUAACCAUGUUUUUGCUUUUUUUCCUGUCCUUAAGUCUUAAGUCGCAGCUUAAACAUUCCCCUCAGGCUUUCUGAGCCUUCAACCUGGCGUAGCCCCCUCCCUCACCCUCUGUAACAUUAUGCUUUCAUUUUCUGGUAGUACGUUUUGUCGCUGUCCCCU